GUGGCCAGCGCAUCAGUCGCUCUCGGAGCGUUGUCGUGUACGGUUAGCCAGCGCGGCAGAGCAAAGCCCAGCAGCAAAGAAUAACGUGUGCCCAGCGUCUCGUAGUCGUCUCUCCAGUGUUUGGGAGACCUCUUCACUAAUAAAAAAAAAAAACAACAACAAAUCAAAAACAUCAAAAGAACAAACGAAACACUAAACUCUUAAACAUCCAAUUUGAAAAAAAAAACGAAAGAAAGCAAAUCAAAUUCAAAAUCGAAAAAACGUGAGUGAGGCACAAAAGCAAAGUGCGUGUGUCGCAGGACAAGAUUUGCAAUACAAAGCAAACAAACUAAUACAACACAAAACAAACAAAACGAAAUCAAAAGCAAAACGACCAAAAAAGAAAGCAAGAAAAGAAAGAAGACAACUGACAAGUGGCCAAAGACAGUAGUCGCCCAAAAUGAGUCCGAGGCCCGUGGGCAUUGGAUUCGAAUGCGGCCGCAAACCUCCUAACAAUGCCAAGAUGCGUUUCCGAUGGCCGCCACCGUCGCCAUCGUCAGCCGCUUCGAUAUUAGCCUCACCAGCCACAUCAUCAGCAGCAGCCACAGCCGCUGCAUCCGCGAGAACAACAACAGCAACAACAACAACGACGACGACGACGACGAGAACAAACAGAAGCAACAAAGCGACAACCACAUCGAGUAAAACAACAAAAACACAGCAACAACAACAACAACAACAACAUAUUCACAGCAAACAUUGGAGCAUCAUCCCCAGCUUUAGCAGCAGCAGCUCCAAAAUGAGCACAAUCGCCGUCCUUUUACUGGCCAUCGUGGCCCUAAACAAUCUGAAUUGCUUCCUGACCCCAGCGACAGCAGCGCAAGUCGCGCGCCUCCGACAGAGUCCAACAGACACGCGAUUUGGCGAGGGCGCCGGCAUCAGUUCGAUAGCUCCAUCGGAAUUUCCAUGCCCACCGGAAAUGUUUCGUUGCAACAACGGCAAAUGCAUAACGUCGCAUUGGGUGUGCAAUUACCAAAAGGAUUGCGACGAUGGCGAGGAUGAGAUGCAGUCGUGUCCGCCUCCGGAAUGUGAGACACCUCAGCUAAAUUGCGGGCAAUAUGUUUUCAAUAAGACGUACUGCAUCCCACCGCAUCAUCGUUGCGACAUGAUCGAGGACUGUGAGGACAAGUCGGAUGAGUCGCAGUGCACUUAUCGCAAGUGCCAGCACACGGAUGUCUUUUGCAAUGCCCCCAACGGUGCUGCGCCCACCGAUGGCAGCCGUUUGGUUGGCCCUUGUGUGCCCAAGGAGAAGCGCUGUGAUGGCUAUUUGGACUGUCGGACCGGACGCGAUGAGGAGAACUGCAAUGGCAAGUCCUGUCGCUUGGAUCAAUUCCGUUGUGCCAACGGCCAAAAAUGCAUCGAUGUCGCACUGAAGUGUAACCAUCGCAAUGACUGUGACGACAAUUCCGAUGAGCAAGGCUGCAACUUUCCACCUUGCCAUCAUGCGCAGUUCCGUUGCACGAACGCUCUGUGUAUCCCAUAUAAUUUCCACUGCGAUGGCUAUUAUGAUUGUGCCGAUGAAAGCGACGAAGCCAACUGCACGGCCAUUGCCUGUCCGGACAAUAAGUUCCUCUGCCCACGCGGCGGCGUCAAUGGCGCCCCCAAAUGCAUUCUCAAGUCCCAGCUGUGCGACGGCAAGCGCGACUGUGAAGAUGGCAGCGACGAGGAGACCGCCUGCUCAAUUGCUUCGUGUCCCGCGCUGAGCUGUGAAUUCAAGUGCGGCCCUUCGCUCACUGGCGGCGUCUGCUACUGCAAGCCAGGCCAGAGUCUCGCCCCUGACAAUCGAACCUGCAUCGAUCUCGAUGAGUGCGCCGAAUGGGGACACUGCGAUCAACUGUGCGUGAAUACCCCAGGCAGCUACAGCUGCCACUGUGCCCAGGGCUAUACGCUGAUCAAUGGCUCCAAGUGCACGGCGCCCGAUGCAAAGAAUCUGCAAUUGAUCUUCGCACACGAUCGCGCCAUCAUGCGCAUGUUCACCCACGACAGCGAACCGAAGAUCAUUGCGAACGCGACAGCAGCAGCUGGCGUCGCUUUUCACUAUGCACGCAACACUUUGUACUGGUCGGAUGUGAAGACACGCAAGGUACAAUCCUUGCCGCUGAAUGCCCAAAACACUCCCGUGGCUGCACUGGAUCAAACCCUUCCCGGCACUUGGGCACCUGUGGCGCUUGCUGUCGAUUGGGUGGGCGAUAAGAUCUACGUGGCCGAUUUGGUGGGUCAAAAGAUCGAUGUCUUUGAGUUGAGUGGCCAUUGGCACGCCGUCGUCUUGGGUUCGAACCUCACCAGUCCCGCUGACUUGGCAUUGGAUCCGACAACGGGUCUGAUGUUUGUUGCCGAUGGCGGACAAGUAUUGCGCGCCCAUAUGGAUGGCACACACGCUCGAUCGAUUGUCUCGGAAGCAGCUUAUAAGGCUAGCGGUGUCACAGUGGACAUCAUUGCGAAGCGUGUGUUCUGGUGCGAUUCGCUGCUCGAUUACAUCGAGUCGGUGGACUACGAGGGAGCACAGCGGGUGAUGGUGCUGCGUGGCCAGCAGGUGCCGAGUCCGUCGCGUUUGGCCAUCUUUGAGAAUCGCAUCUUCUGGACGGAUGCCACCAAACAGGGCAUUAUGUCGGUGAACAAAUACGAAGGACCCAGCUCCAUUCAGGUGACGUACAAGGCGAAGGACAUACGCGAACCCAAGGGUAUAAUUGCGGUGCAUGCACUGAGCCAGCCGCAUGUCUCGAAUCCAUGUGGCAACAACAACGGCGGCUGCAAUCACAUGUGCAUCGUCACCGCUGUGAAAGGUGCCCCGACUGGCCUCGGUUUCCGUUGCGCCUGCCACACCGGGUAUCAACUGCAGUCGGAUCUGACGCAUUGCAAAUUGGUGCGCGAGUUCCUCAUGUAUUCGCAGCAGCGUUUUAUCAAGGGCAAAGUCCUGGAGCCGGUAAUCGAGGGCUUUAGCGAUGCCAUUUUGCCUGUGGUAUCGCGACGUGCACGUUUCGUUGGUCUCGAUUUCGAUGCUCGGGAUGAGUUCAUCUACUAUUCGGAUGUGUUGCAGGAUGUCAUCUACCGGGUGCAUCGCAAUGGCACUGGCCGGGAAAUUGUGCUCGCCUCGCAAAACGAAGGCGUCGAGGGUUUGGCCGUCGAUUGGGCAUCGAAGAAUCUGUACUACAUCGAUUCAAGGAAAGGCACACUCAAUGUGCUGUCCACACGCAAUGUGACGCAUCGUCGCACGCUGCUUAAGAAUCUGAAGCGUCCGCGUGCGAUUGUCGUGCAUCCGAAUCGCGGUUAUAUAUUCUUCUCGGAAUGGGAUCGUCCGGCGAAUAUCACGCGUGCGAACACCGAUGGUAGCGGUCUCUUGGUCUUCAAAAAUGUUACGCUCGGCUGGCCCAAUGGUCUCUCCAUUGACUUCAAGGAAGAUCGUGUCUAUUGGUGCGACGCGCUGCUUGAUCAUGUGCAGCACGCCAAUCUCGAUGGCACUGACAUCAAGACCGUUAAUUCGCGUCUCGUUCGCCAUCCGUUCUCGAUUGUCAUACACAACGAUUGGAUGUACAUCACCGACUGGCGUCUGGAUGCCAUUAUCAGAUUGCACAAACUAACGGGCGAACAGGAGGAGAUGAUGGUGCGUGAACCGCAAACGAAUCGUCUCUAUGGCGUCAAGGUUUACAGUCGCGAUGUGCAACGCAUUGCCGAGACGCAGCCGUGUCAUCUGAACAACGGCGGCUGUCAGAAGAUCUGCUUUGCUGUACCCAUUGCCAGUGCAUCGAAUUCAACGGAAACUACAGAAGCCUCAACAACAAUAUCGCCUUCGACUGCGAGUCGCCUGCAAUCGCGCUGCUCGUGUCCGUAUGGCGAACGUUUGGCCGAAGAUCAAAUCAAUUGUGUGCCGGAUCCAAGUGCCGAACCACCUGUGCAGCCGUGUCCCAACUCUUGGGAUUUCACCUGCAACAAUCAACGCUGCAUUCCCAAGUCGUGGGUCUGCGAUGGCGACGAUGAUUGCCUGGACAACAGCGAUGAGGAGCAAAACUGCACAAAACCGACGUGCGGCUCCAACGAAUUCCAGUGCAAAUCGGGCCGUUGCAUCCCACUGAACUUCCGCUGCGACCAGGAGAACGACUGCGGCGACAACUCAGAUGAACUGGAGUGCGGCAACGUGACGUGCGCCACAUCGCAGUUCGCCUGCGCCAACGGACGCUGCAUACCGAGCAUGUGGAAGUGUGACAGCGAGAACGAUUGCGGUGACAGCAGCGACGAGGGAGAUUUCUGUGCGGAGAAGACCUGUGCCUACUUCCAGUUUACAUGUCCAAGGACAGGACACUGCAUACCAACGAGUUGGGUAUGUGAUGGCGACGAUGAUUGCUUCGACAAGCAGGACGAAAAGGAUUGUCCGCCCAUCAGCUGUUUGGCCAAUCAAUUCAAGUGCGCCGAUCUCCGACAAUGCGUUGAAGAGUCCUACAAAUGCGAUGGCAUACCCGACUGCAACGAUGGUAGCGAUGAGCUGGGUUGCCCCUCCAUGGGACCCAAUCAAUGCAAUCCCGAGAAACAUUUCCGAUGCAAAUCAACCGGUUUCUGCAUCCCCAUUGCCUGGCACUGUGAUGGCUCCAACGAUUGCUCCGAUCACUCUGACGAGGAGGAUUGCGGUCAAAUCACCUGCGCCCAGAACUUCUUCAAGUGCAACAACACGAACUGUGUGUUUAAGGCUUAUAUCUGCGAUGGCAAAGAUGAUUGCGGUGACAACUCCGACGAGGGCACCGAACACGCUUGUGUCCCGCCGCCCUUCAAGUGUCCCCAUGGUCAGUGGCAAUGUCCCGGAGUGACAGAGCGCUGUGUGAACAUCACCUCCGUGUGCGACGACACUCCCGACUGUCCCAAUAACGCCGACGAGGGCGAGGGCUGUGAUCUGGCCGAGUGCGAACAUCAAAGCGGUCAGUGCUCCAGUUUCUGUCAAAAGACACCGAAUGGCGCGCUCUGCGUUUGUCCGCCUGGCUCGGAGAUAGGCGAGGAUGGCUUCACCUGCGUGGACACCAAUGAAUGCGAUCCCCCCGGACUUUGCUCGCAACAGUGCACGAAUACGAAGGGAUCCUACUUCUGCAGCUGCACGGCUGGCUACGAACUGAGUCCCAACAAGCACAACUGCAAGGCUGUCAAUCAUACCGCCGCGUUUUUGAUCAUCUCCAAUCGUCACUCCAUACUGGUGGCCGAUCUUAAGGAGCAGGGACUGGAACGUGUGCCCAUCAUUGUGGAGAAUGUGGUGGCAACCGCCUCGAACAUGCACACGGGCACCAUUUUCUGGAGCGACAUGAAACUGAAGAAGAUCUCACGGUUGGAUCAUGGCAUGGAACCCCAGGAGAUCAUUACAACCGGCCUUGAUUUGGUCGAGGGUUUGGCCUACGAUUGGAUUGCACAAAAUCUGUAUUGGCUGGACAGCAAGCUGAAUACGAUUGAAGUGUCUGCGGAGAACGGCUCGAAUCGUUUGGUGCUGGUGCGUGAGAAUAUCACACAACCUCGAGGCAUGUGCAUCGAUCCAAGUCCCGAGGCACGUUUCAUCUUCUGGACCGAUUGGGGCGAGAAUCCGCGAGUCGAACGCAUUGGCAUGGACGGCACAAUGCGCAAAACAAUCAUUAACACGAAAAUCUAUUGGCCAAACGGACUGACAUUGGACAUUGCCACCAAGCGUGUUUAUUUCGCCGACUCCAAGCUGGAUUUCAUUGAUUUCUGCUAUUACAAUGGUACCGGACGUCAACAGGUUUUAGCCAGCAGUCACUAUCUCUUGCAUCCGCACUCGUUAUCUUUGUUCGAGGAUACACUCUACUGGACCGAUCGUCAGUUGAAUCGUGUGUUGUCUGCCAACAAAUUCCGUGGCAAGAAUCAAACAGUCGUAUCGCAUUUGAUCAGUCAACCGUUGUCGAUACACGUACAUCAUGCCUCGCUGCAACCGAUGUAUCCCAAUCCCUGUGCCGCCGCUCGCUGUCAGCAUUUAUGUCUGCUUAGUCCAAGUGCCCCCGAGGGUUAUUCCUGUAAGUGCAAGCCGGGCUUUAAGCUCUUCAGCGAGGGACGCUGCAUUGAGGAGGAGAAUCCCUACAUCAUGGUCGUCAAGGGCACACAGAUUGUCGAUCUCCCCUUGAAUGGUGGCGAUGCCCGCGCCGGCGCCUUGGCGCCUGUCAUAGGCAUUGAGAGCAGCACCGGACUUGACUUUGAUCGCAAGGGUGAGACAUUGUAUUGGGUUCAGGGACGCGAGGAGGACGAAGAGAAUUGCACAAUCUAUACAACACCCUAUGGCGGUGGAAAUAAGACCGACUUCCUGGGCUCAGACACUGGCAUUGUGGGUGCUCCCUAUACGAUUGCCUUCGAUUGGCUGGGACGCAAUCUGUACAUUGGCAAUCGGGUGGCCAGCAACAUCGAAGCGGUGCGUGUGGAUGGCAAGCAAAAGUAUCGCACCGUUAUCUUGGCCAACGAUGGUCAGGAAACUUCAGUAUCGAAACCCAAGCAAAUCGUGCUCGAUCCCAGUGAGGGCAAACUCUUCUGGAUCGAUGAGGGUGUGCUCGAGGUGCCCAUCAAGAUCGGACGUGUCGACAUGAACGGUCAGGAUCCGCGUGUGCUGCGAAAGAAUGUCUAUCACCCAGAGAGUAUUGCACUCGAUAUCGAUAAGAAAUUGAUCUACUUUAGCACACGUUCGAAGGGUUCGAUUUGUGUCAUGGACUACAACGGCGAAGACUACACGGUUAUACUGAGCGAAGCGCAAGGCAUCUCCCGUCCACGCAGCUUGGGCGUGCUCGAUCAUCGUCUAUACUAUUUGGAUCCGGUUUACGAAAAGAUUGUCCGCGUCGAUUUGCCUCGUGGCGACAAUCCGAAGACCAUUGUGGACAACGAACACGAUUUGCGCAGCAUGAUGAUCUACAAGAAGCGUCCGCUGAUGCAACAUCCCUGCCAAACGCGCAACGGCGAAUGUAAACAUUUGUGCAUCCCCGGACCGGCAUCGACUCGAACUUGCGCCUGCGGCAUCGGUUAUCGCAAGGAUACCGAAGUCGACUGUGUGGCCUACAAAACGUUCGCCGUCGUCUCGCAGCUGGAUAUGAUACGUGGCUACAGUCUGAGCGACAGCUCUGAGGCCAUGGUCCCCAUCAGCGGACCCGGACAUCAUAUACUCCAUGUGGACGUGAUGUAUCGCGAUCAGUGGAUCUAUUGGGCGGAAUUCAAUCGUGGCUACUGGAAUGGAAUCUUCCGCUCAAGGCCCAAUGGCACCGAUCUGCAGCAUGUGAUCAAGGAUGGCAUUGGAAGUAAUGGCAUUCGAGGAUUGACGGUCGAUUGGGUGGCUGGCAAUAUGUACUUCACGAACGUGUAUCCCCAUGAGAAUUAUGUUGAGGUCUGUUGGCUCGAUGGCACCAAUCGCAAGGUGCUUGUAAAGACCACAAACGAUGCGCCACGUGAACUCGCCGUGAAUCCCAUCAAACGUUUGCUGUACUGGAUCGAUUAUGGACAACAUCCGCGCAUUGGCAAAGCGUUGCUCGAUGGCACCAAAUGGAAGCCGUUGGUCACAUCGGGCAUUUCGUUGCCACGCGAUUUGACCAUCGAUAUGCAGACACAUGAUGUGUUCUGGGUGGACUCCAAACUCGAUACGAUACAACGCAUUGCGUACAACGGAGCGAAUCGCAAGAUUAUACGCCGCGAUCUACCCAAUCCGAUGGGCAUUGCGGUGCACCUGAACGAUGUGUAUUGGGUGGAUCGCAAUUUGAUGAGCGUAUUCAAGGCAAACAAACAGUUCAACAACGACACUGAAUCGACGCGUGUGCGCACAAAUCUGGAGCGUCUGCGCGACAUUGUCAUCUACGACAUCAACAAUCAGCCGUCAGACGAGAGCAAUCCGUGUGUGCAGCUUGGCAACGGUGGCUGCGAUCAGCUGUGUUUCAGUUUCCCACCCGAAGAGGUGCAGAGCAAUAGCAAGAACUAUCGCUGCGACUGCUCCACCGGCAAACUGGGCAGCGAUGAGCGCAAGUGCGAGACGGUCAAUGAGUAUCUGGUGUUUGCCACACGCACCGAGAUUCGCGCCGUUAAUCUGGAUCCUCAUUCAACCGAAGUGCCUUUCACGCCACUCACGAACCUUACGAAUGUGGUUGGUCUCGAUUUCGAUUUUGCCGACAAUCAUAUGCUGUACACCCAAAUCCGGCCGUGGGCGAAGAUUGCGUAUACGCAGGCGAAUAAACCGAGUCGCAGCGACAUCCAUGUGGUGCUCAGCAAGGGCAUAAAUCCCGAGGGCAUUGCUUACGAUUGGACACAGAAUAAGAUCUACUGGACCGACAGUUCGAAUAACUCAAUCUAUGCCAUGAAUUUGGCUGGCACGGAGUUGGUGAUGAUUGCGCGCGUGGAGCGACCACGUGCAAUUGUCCUGGAUCCCUGCAAUGGCACGCUCUUCUUUACCGAUUGGGGCAGGUUUGGCACGUCAGGCAAGAUCUUUAGAACAACAAUGGCGGGUUCGCUGAAGCGUGCCAUUGUCGACAAGGAACUCUCGCAGCCCAGCGGUCUGGCCAUCGAUUACGAUGAACGCAAGCUUUAUUGGACGGAUGCAGUACGCGAGAAGAUCGAACGUUCCGAUUUGGAUGGCAGUAAUCGGGAGCUACUGGUGGGCGCAACAAUCUAUCCGUUUGCCAUCACCGUGUUCCGCAAUUACAUCUACUGGACGGAUCUGCAGCUGCGUGGCGUCUAUCGUGCCGAGAAACAUACGGGUGCCAAUAUGGUGGAGAUGGUGAAGCGACUGGAGGAUUCGCCGCGUGACAUACGCAUCUACAGUGCAGAUCGACAGAAGUGCAAUGUGAAUCCGUGUACGAUCAACAAUGGCGGUUGUGCGCAGAGCUGUCAUCCCGCUCCCAAUGGCAAGGUCGAAUGCAAGUGCGACGAUAACUCGAAGGUGGUGAACGAGGGACGCAUGUGUGCGCCAAGGAAUAACACGUGUGAGGCAAGCAAAUUCUAUUGCCAGAAUGGCAAAUGUAUUUCGCGUAUGUGGUCUUGCGAUGGCGAUGAUGAUUGUGGCGAUAACUCGGACGAGGAUCCCAACUAUUGUGCCUACCAUUCAUGCUCCCCCAACGAGUUCCGCUGCAACAACGGACGCUGCAUCUUCAAGUCGUGGAAGUGUGAUCACGAGAACGAUUGCAAGGAUGGUUCCGAUGAGAUCGGUUGCAGUUAUCCCCCGUGUGUGGAUGGUGAAUUCACCUGUGCGAAUGGACGUUGUAUUCCCCAGACACAGGUCUGCAAUGGCGUCAACGAUUGCAAGGACAAUGCCACGUCGGAUGAGACGCAUCAACGAUGCCCCAUGAACACAACCUGUCCAGCAAAUCAUCUCAAGUGCGAGAAGACGAACAUCUGUGUCGAACCCUAUUGGCUCUGUGAUGGUGAUAACGAUUGUGGUGACAAUUCCGAUGAGGAUCCGCUACACUGCGGUCAACGCACUUGUCCCACCAAUAGUUUCCGUUGCCCCAAUCAUCGAUGCAUUCCGGCCACCUGGUAUUGCGAUGGUGACGACGAUUGCGGCGAUGGCGCCGAUGAGCCGCCAGAUUACUGCAAGUCCGAGGGUCGCACCUGCUUCGGGGAUCUCUUCACUUGCGACAAUGGCAACUGUAUUCCACGGAUCUACAUCUGCGACGGCGACAACGAUUGCCUGGAUAACAGUGACGAGGACAAUCGCCACCAGUGCAAUGAUCGAAAGUGCGACGAGGAGACCGAAUUUACCUGUGUGGAGAACAAGUCCUGGCAGCGUGCCCAGUGCAUACCCAAGAAAUGGAUCUGCGACGGUGAUCCAGAUUGCGUUGACGGUGCCGAUGAGAACACAACACUACACAAUUGUGCUACCCAACAGCCAUGUGGCGAGGACAUGUUCACCUGCGGCAACGGACGUUGUAUCAAUAUGGGCUGGACUUGUGAUCACGACAACGAUUGCGGCGAUGGAACCGACGAGGGCAAAUCCUGCAACUCCAAAUACAAGACAUGCUCGCCCAUGGAGUUCACUUGCCAGAAUUUCAAGUGCAUACGCAAUCAAUAUCGAUGCGAUGGCGAAGACGAUUGUGGCGAUCAUUCGGAUGAGGUGAACUGCAAAAAGGAGAAUGCCACCUGUCCGCAAGGGCAAUUCAUGUGCACCAGUGGCCAAUGCAUCGACUACAGUUUGGUCUGCAAUAAGGUGCCGGACUGCACCGACGAGUCCGAUGAGCCAGCCCAUUGCAAUGUGGAUGAAUGCGCCAAGGUCGAGAUCAAUCAGUGUGGCCACAAGUGCGUGGACACGCUCACUGGCUACUACUGUGACUGUAACGAGGGCUACAAACUUCUUUCCGAUGGCAAAGCAUGUGUAGAUGUGGACGAGUGUCUGGAACAACCAGGCGCCUGUUCGCAGCACUGCUCGAAUACGCCGGGCAGCUUCUACUGCAAGUGCGACGAGACCUACUAUGAGCGGCAGAACGAUGAGCACACGUGCAAGCGGAAGGAUGACAUCACCCCAUGGCUGAUCUUCACCAACAAAUACUAUGUGCGCAACAUGUCCGUCGAUGGGCAUCAGUACAAUUUGAUGCAUCAGGAUCUGAUGAAUGUGGUCGCUCUCGACUUUGACAUCAAGGAGCAGUAUAUGUAUUUCUGUGAUGUGACAGCCAAGACGAUAUUCCGUGCCAAAUACACCGACAACGACAGUAAUUUGCCCACCGAACGUGAAGCGGUCAUCCGACAUGACUCCCACGGCCUCGAAGGCAUCGCCAUUGAUUGGGUGGGACGCAAACUGUAUUGGCUGGACAGACACUCGAAGAAUUUGGAUGUGUCCGAGUUGGAUGGCACCAAGCGCAAGACAUUACGCAGCGGUGUCGUCGAUCCCCGCGCCAUCGUUGUGCAUCCGGGCAUUGGUUAUCUGUACUUCACCUCAUGGCAUCUGCAGGCCUACAUUGCCAAGAUGGGCAUGGAUGGUUCGAAUUUCACACGCAUUCUCAACUGGAACGAUGGCAUCGCGUGGCCAAAUGCCUUAUCCAUCGAUUACUUCACCGAUCGCAUCUAUUGGGCCGACGCACAUUUGGAUUACAUUGCGUACACUGAUCUCGAGGGUCGUCAUCGUCAUAUUGUGCUCUCUGGCACGCAGGUGCCGCAUGUCUUUGCGUUGAGUCUCUUUGAUGACUACAUCUAUUGGAGCGAUUGGAAUCAGAAGGCGAUUGUGCGUGCCAACAAGUUCCACGGAGCCAACUACACGGUGCUGAGGAAUACCACACAUCGUCCAUAUGAUCUGCACAUCAAUCAUCCGCUGCGUCAGCUGAACUACACGAAUCCCUGUGGCGACAACAACGGCGGCUGCUCGCAUCUCUGUCUGAUUGCCCCGCCCCCGGAGUCGACGUACCUCAACAUCGAGGGCUACAUCGAGGAGGGUGCCCCCAUCUAUAAGUGUGCCUGUCCGAAUCAAUUCUAUUUGGCUCGCGAUUCAAAGACUUGCAUUGCCAACUGCACAACCGGACAGCAUCUGUGCGGUGGUCACGAUGAGAAGUGCAUCCCAUGGUUCUGGAAAUGUGAUGGCGAAAAGGACUGCAAGGAUGGCUCCGAUGAGCCGGCGACGUGUGCUGCACGGCAUUGUCGUGCCGGCACCUUCCAGUGCAAGAACACCAACUGCACGCCUUCUGCGACCAUUUGCGAUGGCGUCGACGAUUGCGGCGAUGGCAGCGAUGAACAGAAUUGUGAUUUGCCAUGCCCUCUGUCCGACUUCAAAUGCAAGUCCAGCGGACGCUGCAUUCUCGACAGCUGGCGCUGUGAUGGCGACGCCGAUUGCAAGGACGGCAGCGACGAAGAUCCAGCCGUGUGUCACAAGCGUGAGUGCGAUCCCGAGACCGAGUUCACGUGCAAGAACAAGCGUUGCAUACCGCAGCUUUGGAUGUGCGACUUCGACAACGAUUGCGGCGACGAUUCUGAUGAGCCCGCUUACAUGUGCCGCCAGCGAAACUGCACCACGGGCUGGCAACGUUGUCCCGGACAAUCGAACUACCGUUGCAUACCCAAAUGGCUGUUCUGCGAUGGCAAGGACGAUUGUCGCGACAACAGUGACGAGCUGCCCGAGAAUUGUCCCAAAUGCUCUCCCGACACGGACUUUAAGUGCGGAAACAAUCGCUGCAUACCGAAACAAUGGAUGUGCGACUUUGCUGAUGAUUGCGGCGAUGCGAGCGAUGAGAAUGAAGCUAUCUGCAAGGGACGCUAUCGCGAAUGCUCUGAAUCGGAGUUCAGAUGCGCCAACGGCAAAUGCAUUUCAUCCCGCUGGCAAUGUGAUCACGAGGAUGACUGCAAUGACAACUCGGAUGAGAUGAACUGCGCUGGCUAUCAGUGCAAGAAUGGAACCUUCCAAUGCGCCUCGGGUCAUUGCAUUGCCAGCUAUUUCCGUUGCGAUGGCGAUCGCGAUUGUCGCGACAUGUCUGACGAGGUUGAUUGUCCACCGCGCUUCCCCGGCGGUCGCUUCUGUCCCGAAUCCCGCUUCCAGUGCAGCAACAACUUGUGCGUGUCACUCUCGGAUCUCUGCGAUGGUACCGAUGACUGCGGCGAUGGCAGCGAUGAGGAUCCAAAGGUCUGCAGCGACUUCAAUUGCGACACCCUGCGACGCUUCCAGUGCGCCAAUCAUCGCUGUGUGGCUCGCUAUCAGAUCUGCGAUGGCAUCGACAAUUGCGGCGAUGGCAGCGACGAGAACAACAUGACGCUGUGCGCCAGCAAACAGAAGCCCUGCGAUCUCUACACCCAAUAUCAGUGUGCCAACAAGCAUUGCAUCGAACGGACGCAAGUCUGCGAUUUCGCCGAUGAUUGCGGCGAUGCCAGCGAUGAGUUGGGUUGCCAUCACAGCAGCAGCUGCUCGGCGGAGAAUCGUGGAGGUUGCCAGCAUCAUUGCCACAAUCUAACCGAAGGCGGCUACAUCUGCACCUGUUAUCCUGGGUACAUCAUUGCGGCGGACAACAAAAAGAAAUGCGCUGAUGUCGAUGAAUGUGUCACACGUCAGCACACCUGCUCUCAUCAAUGUCACAACAUGAAUGGCACGUAUUCGUGCAGCUGUCGCGAGGGUUUCCAUCUAUCCGACAGCAGCAGCGGUGUCUGCAAGGCCGAGAAGGAGGAUGUCCUGCUGGUCUUCGCCAAUGGUCCCGAGAUACGCGGUCUUGAUCUGCAGAAGCGCGAAGAGUUCGAUGUGAUUGCGUCGGAGAAACGCAUCGAGGCCUUGGAUUACGAUGCCCAGCAGCAGAUCAUCUUCUGGGCCGACAGCUAUGACAAGACCAUCAAGCGUUCGUACAUGGUCAAUGCUCUUGAUGGCCAAGCAAAGAUCGGUUUCGCUCAGGAUCUGAACAUGAAGGGUGGUUCCAAACCGACAGCUGUGGCUGUCGAUUGGCUGGCCUCGAAUCUCUAUUGGACUGAAAUGGAUCGCACCGGAUCGAAACCAAGGGGUCGCGUCAUGGUGGCCACCACCGAUGGUCGCUAUCGUCGCUCGAUUGUAAAUGCUGGCCUCGAGGUGCCCACUUCGAUUGCAGUUAAUCCGCAACUGGGACGCAUCUAUUGGACCGACGCGGGUUCGGCGCCCAAGAUCGAAGUCUCCUGGAUGGAUGGUUCGAAGCGUCGACCGCUCAUCACCGAGCAGAUACGCCAUCCGGCUGGCCUGACCAUUGACUAUGCCCAGGACCACAUCAUCUAUUGGGUGGACACGAAGCUGAAUGCCAUCGAAUCGAUGCGUGCCGAUGGUUCGCGUCGCAAGUCCAUGGUCAAGGGCGAUCAACUGCGGCAUCCGGUUUCGUUGGAUCUCUUCGAAUCGAACAUGUUCUGGGUGACCAGGGAUACGGGCGAGCUGUUGCGUCAGGAUAAAUUCGGACGCGGUGUUCAAGUGGUUGUCCAUCGCAAUCUCGUCAAUCCGUCCGGCCUGAAGGUCUACCAUGAGAAACGCUACAACACCUCGUUACGCAAUCCGUGCUACGAGUCCAGAUGCUCGCAUCUCUGCCUACUUGUGCCCGGCGGACAUCGUUGCGCCUGCCCCGAUACAUCAGGUCCGUUGCCCUCGCAUCGCAGCACCGCCGAAGUCAUCUGCGAUGCAGCCGCCGAGCGUCCACGUCCCGCACCCCGCAUUUGUCCCUGCCAGAAUGGCGGCCUCUGCAAGGAGGACGAUCACGGUGAACUCCUCUGCGAGUGCCUGGCCGACUACAAGGGCGAGCACUGUGAACGCAGCACCACCGGCGCCUUUGGCCAUGGCGGUGCCAAUGUCACCGCUGUCGUCGUGCCCAUCAUGGUCAUUCUGCUUGUGAUGAUGGCUGCCGCCGGCGCUUGGUAUGUCAUCAGGAAGCGUCCAUUUGGAAAACUGGCUCGCAUGCCCGCCAUGACAUCGUCGCAGAGCGUCACCUUCCGCCACGGCUCGAAUGUGGAGUUCAGCGAAAGCGGUUUCCCAAGCGGCUCCGCACCUGGCGCUGGCGACAUGGCACCCAUCGAGGGCUACAAUCUGCAGACGGUGAAUGCCAAUAAGGCCCGCGACUUUGCUAAUCCCAUGUACGAUGCUGUGCAAUCGGGCACCACCACCGAUCCGGGCAUGAGCAAUGGCUCAGGCAUCUAUGAUGUGCCACAGGAACCGUCCAAGUCAAAGGCCAUGGCCCACUCGGGGUCGUUCACGGAGCCGGCGUCGGCAAUAAUCGCGCCUAGCAGCAUUACGCACAAGUCAUCGCCGCAGCUGCAGCUGAGAACACGCGAGCUAGACCCAUCGGCGGAUACCGGCAAGGAUACGCAGUAUCUGGUGGAGGAGGAUAAAUCAGAGUGCUGAUAUCAAGCUUAUCAGGCAGCGGUAUCCGUUUCCGUUUCGCUGCCGCUCAGCUGUCGACGUCAGCAGCGGGCGCAGGCGCGGCCCAACAGUUAUCCGUUGCACACAUAGCACAGACUUAUCCACAAACAUCACCAGCAACAAAAGCAACAACACCAUCAGCAACUACAACA